AUGGCGUUUAAAAACACUUCUAGAUGGACGUUUUCAAACGUCCUACCUGUUGUCUUUGUGCUGGGCAUCAUUGGGAUGAUUUGGUGGACCUACGUGACAUGUCAUCUUUUAGGGCUCCACAGAAGCGAGGUGCACGAGCGGACUCACAUGAAUCUGGUGGAAGCCAUCGUUUCACAGACACUAGUCAUUCUUAUGCUGAUCUGCUUUGUCAGAGCAGUGUGUACCGACCCAGGCUCAGUGCCAGACACUGAUGAUUGGACGGGAAAGACAGGAUCAAGGACUGGUGCUUCCUCCGAGCCACAGGUACCAAUAGCACCUCCUUGCCAUGAGGUAAAACAAAAUGGAGAGCGCCGGUUCUGCAACAAAUGUACCAAGUACAAGCCAGAUAGAUGUCACCAUUGCAGAGUUUGCAACUCUUGCGUUCUGCGCAUGGACCACCACUGUCCCUGGAUUGCCAACUGUGUCGGCUUCAGGAACCACAAGUACUUCUUGCUGCUGGUCUUCUAUUCCUUUGUGAAUUGCUGCUUCAUUGGUAUUUCCAUGGGUGGCACCGUGCUUGGAUCCAUGGAAGAAGAGAUGGAUUUGGCCUUCAGGUUUGCCUUGGUCUUCGGCAUGACCCUCACAAUGGUCAUGGGUGGGCUUCUUGGGAGUUUCCUGGGAUUUCACACUUGGCUCACCUGCCAAGCGCUCACGACCAUUGAGUUCUGUGAGAAGAGCAGCACCUUCAGUCGCAGCAUCUCCUACGACCAGGGUCUCUUUGAGAACAUCAGAGCUGUGCUGGGACCGAGGGUGUUUCUGUGGCUGCUUCCUGUAUCACCGCCUUCGGGCGAUGGUCUGACCUUCUUCGUGCAUGGUGAGUUCAAGGCCUUUCCAACACAAGAUGAGGUCCAUGCUCUCUUGAGCUCAAAGCCAGAGGAGGAUUCUUCAGCGGCGGCGCCAGAGGUGACGGGCGCCAAAGCAGCUGCAGUCUGA